AUGGUGUAUUUGCGGGGCUCUGGUGCAUGCCCCAAACGGUACGACUGUCGACCAAGAGCAGUGACAAAGUCAAUCCCAGUCAGCACCUUCCUGGACCAAAUGGCGUUGACCACCAUGGCCCGAGAAUGCACGAAGCCCCAAGCGUCGCAGGGUUAUAAGGACUCCGACGAAGUGAAGGCCCUGUUUGCCGCCGCCAAACAAGCGAGCACGGCCAACGCGUGGAAGCAGGCACACGAGGCAAGGAAGAAAGCACGGCUGGCAUGGGAACACGCCAAGUUGGAUGAGGAAAUCUAUGCCGGGGAACCCUUGGAAGAUUGGGUGGAGGAGGGCACCUUAGCGUCCCCGCCGUUUGAGUUGCAGGAGCUCCAGGACGCGGCUAAUGUCGCUGGAGAGGGAGUGGAAGACUGGCGUGCGGUGGGUGAAGUUAGAUCUUCAGAAAGCCUUCGACCGCGUUUUGCGACGUCAGCUCAUGACCAUGCUUCUCUCCCGUCUUGGCAAGACCUGGGUCACUCGUGCUUGGCAGCGUUUGCUUGGACCAUCGGAAGCGAUUUUGCAAACCAAGUGGGCGACGACGAAAUUGGAAAUGACGAGCGGGACCGGCAAGGCUCUGUCGAGAGCCCGGCUUUUUUCGCCUUGAUCGCGGAUGUCUGCGUGGAAGAGGCUGGGCGAAGGUUCGGGUGGCAUGCGGAGUGCCCCGGCUUGGAGGGUUUGAACCUUAGAGAGGUCUUGUUUAUGGACGACGCCAUCGUGUGGGACACUAGUGGGCCAGUGUUGGGACGCCGCCUUGAGCAGCUUGCGGUGGUGCUUGCCGAAUGGGGUCUGCGUCUGAAUGUAGACAAGUGCCAACUUUACCGUAGCCCCUACUGUAACUCCCAGGAUGACGUGGUGGUGGGAGGGCACACCUUGGUUGCGGACGACCACCUUGCGGUCAUGGGCCUGAAGUUCAGGGUUAAUCAAACAGCCUCGGAGAUGCUU